UGCAUUGGACAGACACACGGUGCUGGAAUUAGAAAUUGCCACUUCUGAGAGGAUGCUGGGAAUCUGCAGAGGGAGAAGGAAAUUCUUGGCUGCCUCUUUGACUCUGCUCUGCAUCCCAGCCAUCACCUGGAUUUACUUGUUUGCUGGGAGCUUUGAAGAUGGUAAGCCGGUGUCUCUAUCUCCUCUGGAGUCCCAAGCCCACAGUCCCAGGUACCCUGCCUCCAGCCAGAGGGAGCGGGAGAGCCUAGAGAUUCGAGUUCGAGAGGUGGAGGAGGAAAAUCAAUCUCUGCGCAGGCAGCUCAGCCUGGCCCAAGGUCAGGUCCCUGUUCACCACCGUGGGAACCACUCCAAGACCUACUCCAUGGAAGAGGGAACAGGGGACAGUGAGAACCUACGGGCUGGCAUUGUGGCUGGCAACAGCUCUGAGUGUGGGCAGCAGCCAGCUGUGGAGAAGUGUGAGACCAUCCAUGUGGCCAUUGUCUGUGCAGGAUACAAUGCCAGCAGAGAUGUUGUCACCCUGGUCAAGUCAGUCCUCUUCCACAGGCGGAACCCUCUGCAUUUCCACCUCAUCGCUGAUUCUAUUGCAGAGCAGAUUCUGGCUACACUCUUUCAGACCUGGAUGGUACCUGCAGUACAUGUGGACUUCUAUAAUGCUGAUGAGCUCAAGUCUGAAGUGUCCUGGAUCCCCAACAAACACUACUCUGGGAUUUAUGGCCUGAUGAAGUUGGUUCUGACCAAGACUCUACCUGCCAACCUGGAGAGAGUGAUUGUCCUAGAUACUGACAUCACAUUUGCAACUGACAUUGCAGAGCUCUGGGCCGUGUUCCAUAAGUUCAAAGGGCAACAGGUCCUGGGUUUGGUAGAGAACCAGAGUGAUUGGUAUCUUGGAAAUCUCUGGAAAAACCACCGUCCAUGGCCAGCUCUUGGAAGGGGCUACAACACAGGAGUCAUACUACUUCUUCUGGAUAAGCUACGAAAGAUGAAAUGGGAACAGAUGUGGAGGCUGACAGCAGAGAGGGAACUCAUGGGCAUGCUAUCUACCUCCUUGGCUGACCAGGAUAUUUUCAAUGCUGUCAUCAAACAAAAUCCCUUCCUGGUGUAUCAGCUCCCCUGCUUUUGGAACGUGCAGCUGUCAGACCACACUCGCUCUGAGCAGUGCUAUAGAGAUGUGUCUGAUUUAAAGGUCAUCCACUGGAACUCCCCCAAGAAGCUACAUGUGAAGAACAAACAUGUGGAAUUCUUCCGCAACCUCUACCUUACUUUCUUAGAGUAUGAUGGCAACCUCCUACGGCGGGAGCUGUUUGGCUGCCCCAGUGAGGCAGAUGUCAACAGUGAAAAUCUUCAGAAGCAGCUGUCAGAGCUGGAUGAGGAUGACUUGUGUUAUGAGUUCCGACGAGAGCGCUUCACUGUCCACCGAACCCACCUGUACUUCCUGCACUAUGAGUUUGAGCCUGCUACUGACAACACGGACGUUACUUUGGUCGCUCAGCUUUCCAUGGACAGACUCCAGAUGCUAGAGGCCAUCUGCAAGCACUGGGAAGGGCCCAUCAGCCUGGCCCUCUACCUGUCAGAUGCUGAAGCCCAGCAGUUCCUCCGCUAUGCCCAGGGAUCUGAGGUGCUUAUGAGUCGCCACAAUGUGGGCUACCACAUAGUGUACAAGGAGGGUCAGUUCUAUCCUGUCAACCUCCUACGCAAUGUGGCUAUGAAGCAUAUCAGCACACCGUACAUGUUCUUAUCUGACAUUGACUUCCUGCCUAUGUAUGGGCUCUAUGAGUACCUCAGGAAGUCUGUUAUCCAGCUUGACCUUGCCAACACCAAGAAAGCAAUGAUUGUCCCUGCAUUUGAAACAUUGCGCUACCGACUCUCUUUCCCCAAGUCAAAAGCAGAGCUACUGUCAAUGUUGGACAUGGGGACCCUGUUCACAUUCAGGUACCAUGUCUGGACUAAAGGCCAUGCACCCACAAACUUUGCCAAGUGGCGGACUGCCACCAUGCCUUACCGGGUUGAGUGGGAGGCUGAUUUUGAACCGUAUGUUGUUGUGAGACGAGACUGCUCUGAGUAUGAUCGAAGAUUUGUGGGCUUUGGCUGGAACAAAGUGGCUCAUAUCAUGGAAUUGGAUGCACAGGAGUAUGAGUUCACCGUGUUGCCCAAUGCCUACAUGAUCCACAUGCCCCAUGCCCCCAGUUUCGACAUCACUAAGUUUCGUUCAAACAAGCAAUACCGCAUCUGUCUGAAAACCCUGAAGGAAGAGUUUCAACAGGACAUGUCCAGACGCUAUGGCUUUGCUGCCCUGAAAUAUCUCACGGCUGAGAACAACAGCUAGCACUAUGAAAGGCCACAACUAGAGAGAGACAUGCUACAGGAGAAGAGCCACUUUCUGCCCAGGCCCCAGCCUUUGAAGACAAAAUUCAUCUUUGGUUUAUUUUCCUUUGUCUCUAUGGUGCCACAAACCUGCUUUCUUCUGAGAUUUUGGACAGGGACCCACCCAAUCCAUCACCAUGAGGUACUUCCAGAAUGGGUCACAAAAGGAUGGAAGCAAAUGAAAAGUUAACAACUUAACCACAAUGCCACAGACCAAAUCAGGGUUUCUGGAUACUCUCCUUGCUUUUUAAUAAUUAUGAUUCUAAUGCUAGCUGUGGAGAAAGAAGUCACUGUUCUAGGAAUUAGUCACUCCAAUAAAUAAGAGCAAGCUAUUUCUUCCUAGGAAGAGAACUUUAUUUUCCCUACUCAAGUGGAGAGCUAGCCAAGGACCCAGACAGCCACCUGGAGACCUGCAUAGGGACUUUAUAUAUGUAAGGUCCUAGGAGUAGGGUGAAUUUUUUUCUUUAUUAUCAAAGUCUCUCUUGUUUUGUUUUGAGUUGUUUGAAUUUGAGGGGUUUUAUUCAUUUGAUCUAGAAUUCCAAUCUAAACAUCUAAUCAUUAAAGUUCUAAAGAAAACAUCAGCUCCCUCAACCAACACUCCUGUCAACAAAGAUGAGCAUCCUCAGAGCAUGUUCUCACAUGGGCAGAUUUCUUCAGGAUGAACACUGAGACUCCCUGAUGCAGAGCCAUGGCUAUGAAAGGAACUGAGAAAUAUGAGGCCAAACACUGUAUGCAAAUCACAUUUUCUAUGAACUAAGUCAAAAGGAAAGGAAUUCAAGGAACUGUUUCACUACUCAUGAAGGUUUGAUUCUCCUCUCAGACCUUUAGAAGAACUUGAAUAGUUCAUAGAAGACCAACCAGAAGACUUGUUUGACCGCAUGGAAGCCACUGGAAGAAAGGGGUCAGGCACCUCCCUGUUGGAAGCGGGGGGGGGGGUGACCUUAGUUGUCCCCCAGGACAUGUCUGAGGGUUGGUAAGCACCUCUUCAUUUUGCAGAUGGAGAAAACUGAACUUUUUACCCAUUUUCUUUACUCUUCACUAUUAAUGUUGUGUUUACAUUGAUAAGAACAACAGUCAAUGGCCAACCUACUACUGGCCUGUUUGUAUUGAGUUGCCAUGUGACCAGCAAAAGCUGCAUUUAAUAAAUGAAAGUACAGAUUGUCUCUU